AACACAAAACAAAUAAAUAUCGUAAUCGCAUCAGGGAUUUCAUUCAUUCAGCGCAUUUCAGCAAGUUGAAUUAGAAUGAUCAGAGUCAAUACGUGCUUGGUGGUGUUUAUAUUGUUUAUUCUGUACAUCGAUCGGAAUCAUGGGUCUACCACAGUGCUCUACGAGUUCCACAUUAAGGAGGUAUACGGAACACGAGAUGAAAAGGGUGAGCUCAUGGAUAACUCCGAGGAGUCUGGCAAGGAACCCGAACUGAUCAUCACGGGCAAACGCACAUCCUCAACACUUUUCAAGGGCAUUGAAAAGAACUAUGCCUAUGUGGAAACGGCCGUCUAUAAGGCGGAUGACAAUGGCUACCAUGUGAAGUACAACUAUUCCUUAAAUCCCGUGGAGUUGGACCCUCGCCUCAAUGGACAAACACUAAAAAGCACCAUUGGCUAGGCGGCCCAUCAAGUAUUAACUUAGUGACUAAGAAGUAGCUGUAGUCAUGCCACUUUAUUUAUUCCAUCUCCAUGCAGACGGAAAGUGAAAAGUUCUCGCAGCGCCGUUGCAAAUAAUAAAUCGAACUUUGAAAGCAA